AUGGUCAAAGCCCUGGUCUCAGCGCCACCUACUACAACGAUUCUAGAUUUCUGGAGGCUUUGGGCGGAGAUCAAGGGGGUUGAACUUGUUGUUCAGGUUGACAAGGUCUUUCAUGCUGCUGGAGUACCGGAAUGGAUGGCGCGGGAGAUUCACGAGAGUAAGCUUUACGUUUCCAAGUAUGGAUGGGCUGGUGGUGAUCCGGAGGUUAAGAAGCCAGAGGAGGCUGGUGUGGAGAUGGAUAAGUUGAUGGAUGUGGAGCAGUAUAUGAGAGAAGAGAGCUAUAAGGGGUUUAUGUGA